UCGAGAACCGGCACUGAAUCUUUAUAUGUAUGAUUGUUAUCGAAAGUCUGUUUUUUUUCUUAUUGAUUUUCGUUCAUUCUUGUUCAGGAACCGCCAAUUUGCGCCAUGAGGUCUCUUAAAAACCUUCCACCUCCUGCAAAUUCAACAACAACUACGUUGAGGUAUUCUGAUCACUCAAUUAAUCUGUCUUUCAUUGAAUCCGAGGCUGAAAUAUCUUCUGUUAAAGCAGCACCUAUUUACCCGAAGCGACAAGGUUUUUUUCCGAGGAAUUUCGAGGAUUUUGGAGAUGGUGGUGCGUUUCCAGAGAUUCUUGUUGCUCAAUGGCCUCUUGGUAUGGGUAGUGGUAGACCCAACAAGCCUGAAUCCAAGGUUUUUCCUGUUACUGUGGAUGCACAUGGAAACGUGGUCUUUGACGCCAUUGUGAGGCAGAAUGAGAACUUACGAAAGAUUGUUUACUCUCAACAUAGUGAUCUUAUUCCCAAGAUGCUCAAAAACGAGGGAGAUGUUGAUGUUGAUGAGGAGUUGCAGAAGGAUACUACCCAAGAAACAAAAGCUGCCAUUGAAAAGAUUAUGAAUGCAGCACAGCCUAGGAAUGUGGUGAAGCAGUUGGAUGACCCAACGUACAUUAAGUAUAAGCCAUCCCUGCAGCAAUCUGUAGCAUUCAAUUCCGGUGCUAAAGAGAGGAUCAUUAGGGUUUCGGAUAUGCCUGUAGAUCCACUUGAUCUACCAAAGUUCAGGCACAAGCGAGUUCCAAAGGCUUCUGGUUCUUCAGAGACUGUUCCUGUCAUGCAUUCACCGCCUAGGGCUGUUACUGUUAAGGAACAACAAGACUGGAAAAUCCCACCUUGUGUUUCCAAUUGGAAUAACGGGAAAGGUUACACAAUCCCUCUUGAUCAACGUGUUGCCACUGAUGGAAGAGUCUUACGAGAGGCUCAGGUCAAUGAUAACUUUGCCAAGUUAUCGGAGGCGCUCGAUGUGGCUAGGGAGAAACUUAGCGAGGCUGUUUUAAUGCAGUUAAAAGUUCAAAGAGAGAUGGCGAUGAAGGAGAAGGAAGGAAAAGAACAGGAGUUGAGGAAUCUUGCUCAAAAGGCUCGUUCUGAAAGGAGUUUUGCUGCAAGUGAGAGUGUUGAUGUCCCAAGAGGGGAUUAUGACUAUGACCACAAGAGGGGAAUGGAAAAGGAAGGGCGGAUUCAGAGGGACGAGAUUCGAGAAGAGCGUCGUAGGGAAAGAGAGAGGGAGAGAAGGAUGGAAGCUAAGAAGAGCAAGAUCACAAGGGACAAAAAUCGUGAUGUGGGUGAGAAGGUUGCUCUUGGAAUGGCAUUUACUGGAGGAAGAGGCGGUGAAGUUAUGUAUGAUCAACGCUUGUUUAACCAGGAGAAAGGAAUGGACUCUGGUUUUGCAACUGAUGACCAAAACAACGUAUAUGACAAACGCUUGUUUACUGCAAAACCCACUCUUUCAACGUUGUACCAGCCAAAGAAGAAUCUGGAUGAUGAAAUGUAUGGAAAUGCAGACGAGCAGCUUGAUAAGCUUAAGAACACUGAGAGGUUCAAACCAGUCAAAGCUUUCAGCAGUGUGGUUUCCGAGAGGGCGGGAAAGAGAGACAGGCCUGUUGAGUUCGAGAAGGAAGAUGAACAAGAUCCUUUUGGUCUUGUCCAGUGGGCGUCAGAUUUGAAGAAAGGUAAGAAACUCUGACAAAACCGGGUCUGGAGGAUGACUUUGGUGGUUCUGGUCGGACCAAGAUCAGUUUCGAACGUGGCAGCUGAAGUCUGAAAUCUUCAUUGUUUUGCUUAUCAUUGGUGUUCCAUAACUUUUAUAUUUUAACUUUACCCCCUUAAUAUUCGGAUUGGAAAUUUAUCUUCCCUUUUCACCAGAGUUGGUUUUGAGAUGGUGGACACUUUGGCUGAUACCGAAGUGAUACCCAUCCAUGAACACCGUUAAAGGUCUUGUUUGAGCAAAUGUACUCUUUUCAGUCUCUUAUUUUCUUUAAAAUGGUCAAUCUUUUAAUAUUCCUAAAGUGUGAAUAUUUCAUUUGGUUUUAUACUUCUGUAAUGUUUGAUGUAUGAAAUCACUUGGUUUCAAGGUUGGACAAAUUGUUUCCUUUUCAGGGUCCUGCUUAAGCAUGUACUUGUGGUAUACUUUACCUAACCAAUAGAUAGCUACAAAUUCA